AUGACGAGACGUUGGAGAAAGAGGAAGAGCGGCGUUGCGAGGCGAAGAUGUCACUUUACGGCGGCGGGGUCUUCGUCUACUCCUCCUCCUCUACCGUGCGCGGUGGUUUUGGGCGACAACGCGGAAGAUUUACGCAGGACUGGGAAAGUCGUGAAAGAGUCGCUCGAUUUGAAGAGAGUCGUUAUGAUUAAAUACGGAUCCGACGAAGACGGUUUGCGGGAAGGCGAAUCGGUCCGUGUAAAGCGAGCGUCGUCGUCAUCGGAGGAGGAGGAAGAUAUGUUUGAGAUGAAUGGGUGUUCGGGAGAGACGGCUGCAAUCGUGGCGUUGGACCCAACCGGAGGUCUGAUUGCAAAGAUGGGAUUGUCGAGCGUGUUGUGCGUCGUGGGCAUCGCGCGAGAUGUGAGUUUAGGCGAAGAUAUGCACGGGUCGAGAGCAGUGAGAGCCGCUCGGAGAGCGGCGAUCGUAGGAGUUCCAACCGUUGUCGCCUCCGCGGUGACGAGGUCGGGAAUGGAAGGCAAAAUAGACGCGUGUUUGAAAGCGCUGAAGGUGGUACUGAAGCAAGUGAAAGGCGUAAUUUCCAUGGAACGAGCGAAGAAUUGUCCUCGAUCGCACUUUCCAUUUCCGACGAACGGAAGGUGGGCAUCGCUCGGUACUACUGCGUUUCCGAUUGAAGACGAGGCGCUCUCGAAAGCAAUAUUUGACGAUAGCAGCGGCAUCGAUUUUGCCAGUAAAGACGCGUGGUCGUUUAGCGGUUCAAUCGCACCCGCGCGAGAUAGCAGUAAUCGUGGUAGUAGUAAAACCGGCGAAACGCCGGAACGCAGAAGGAAGGCGAUUAGAGACGCAUUCGGAGAAGCCGACGUUUUUUUGCACAUCCACGUUGCACCAAACUGGAUGGAAAAUAAGUUCCAGUCGACUCGCCCGGGAGUUUUGUGGCGUCAACAACGCGUUUCUUCAGAUGACAGAGACGACGAUAAAACACCCGACACUUUUGGUCGGACGUUACCGAUGCAAAGCAUCGCCGCGGACGAAACGAGAGCCGACGAAUCCGGCGCCUCCUUCGUCCGACAAUUGGCGACAGAAUCGAUGAUUGCGCAGAGACGAAAUGAAAACAACAACAACAACAACAACAACAACAACAACAACAACAACAACAACAACAACAACAAUAACAACGCAGAAGAAAAAAAAGACAUCGAAAACAAAGUCAUCCCGUCCGUGUUCGAAGUAUCUUCCGGUACAGUCGUCGCCGACGAUUCGCACAAAGGCGACGUCGACGCCGUCUCCAAAGGAUUCGCCGCAAUAUCCACGAUAUCCGCGUGGCCGCAAGGCCACGCGUUCGCGAUACUCGACGACUAG